CUGCUGCUGCACAGUGUGUCUGACCUGACCAGAGGCAGCAGCAAUUAACGGUGCACCAUGGGCCGCCUGGAUGGGAAAGUGAUUGUGUUGUCUGCUGCUGCGCAGGGGAUUGGACGUGCUGCUGCAAUAGCAUUUGCGAAGGAAGGAGCUCAAGUCACAGCUACAGACAUCAAUGGAGAGAAACUGAAGGAGCUGGAUGGCAUUAAAGGUAUCAAGACUAAGGUGGUGGAUGUGACCAAGAAAGACCAAGUGGAAGCCCUGGCCAAGGAACAUGACCACAUCGAUGUGCUGUUCAAUGUAGCAGGGUUUGUGCACCAUGGCUCCAUCUUGGACUGUGAGGAGGCUGACUGGGACUUCACAAUGAAUGUGAACGUGCGGAGCAUGUACCUCAUGUCCAAAGCCUUCCUUCCUAAGAUGUUGGCCAAAAAGUCAGGAAACAUCAUUAACAUGGCAUCUGUUGCAUCAAGCAUAAAAGGUGUUGUGAACCGGUGUGUCUAUAGUACCUCCAAGGCUGCAGUGAUCGGACUCACCAAAUCUAUAGCUGCUGAUUUCAUUGAGAAAGGCAUUCGCUGUAAUUGUGUUUGUCCCGGGACUGUUGAUACCCCAUCACUGAGGGGUAGGAUCCAAGCCCAACCAGACCCAGAACAGGCUUAUAAGGACUUUAUGGCAAGACAGAAAACUGGCAGAAUGUGCACAGCUGAAGAGGUGGCGUACCUUUGUGUAUACCUGGCCUCAGAUGAGUCAGCAUAUGUGACCGGGACCGAGCAAAUCAUCGAUGGAGGCUGGAGACUGUGAAGAAUAUGUGGCAUAUGUGGAUGCAGUUGUGUCCUUUUUUCUUCUUUUUUGAUGCAAAUGAAUCUAAAUCAAUUUUGCAUAUUAUGUUACAAAGAUUAUUUAAGAUUUUCAAACUUCAAUCUGUGCUGCUAAUGUGCAUAUGUGGUGCCAAAACAAAUUGACUGUCACAGCUACAUUGUGUGAAUUUCAGUGUGAUUAAUAUGAAAUAUGAUUAAACAUCCAUCUGUGUCUUCA